AUGAACAGAAAUAUUCCUGGCGAUACUUUCGAGGGCACCAACCAUACUUGUUAUGAUUUCAUGCCCUAUAAUUUUCGUAUUCCUUUUCCUACAGAAUCGAAACGUAAUUGCAUUCUGGCUUUGACGUUUUUGGACUUGAGUUUUGCUACAUGGGCUUUCAUCAUUUCUUACUAUGACGGUCUCUUCGUAGGAAUGCUAAAAUGUUUGAAAGUACAAUUGGUAAUAGCAAGUCAUGUAAUUUCCACAAUCCGUCAACGUAGUUUAAGAAAAUUAAAAAUGCAGGAAAAUAUGGAAAUUAUGCGCGACGAUGAAUAUCCUGAAUUGGAAAAUGAAAUGUACUGUCAAUUUAACCACGUUAUUAAGCAUACACAAUUGUUAUUUAGUGUUCGAGAUGAUAUUGAAGGACUACUAACUUUUGUGACCCUGUUUCAAACAUUAUCAUCACUAUUUAUGUUUGCUUCUUGCAUGUUCGUCGCUUCUAUUGUACCUAUGUCAUCGCCCGAAUUUUUCGCCCAAAUGGAGUUUUUUAUUAGCAUACUCAUCCAAUUAGCUACAAUGUGUUGGGCUGCAAAUGAAAUAACCAUAGCCGGCCAUUAUCUUGGAACAGAAUUAUUUCACAGCAACUGGUUAAGUUCUAGCAGAAGAUUCAAAAGUUCCAUGUUAAUAACAAUGAUUCGUAUGCAACGUCCUAUAAUAUUAACAAUUGGAAAGUUUACCCCAUUGACUAUAACAACAUUGGUUAAUGUAUGUCGAGGAUCUUUUUCCUAUUUUGCAGUUUUUAAAACUGUUUAAUAGCGGAAUAUCAAAUAUUAGUACAAAACCACGUUAUUAUUAGGAUUUUUGUGUACUUAAAGAAAUAUAGUAUCUUCACGUUUGUAAUUAUCCGGGAGGCCAUUCCUUAGAGCGCGGCUGUUAUGAUUUUUCU